AAAUGAGGUAAGAAGUCGAGGACGUGGUGACUGAUCAUCCAAAUAAAACUGGCAAAGAUCUCGGAAUGAAGGUUUAGCAUGGAUUCGCUGUCCAGUCACAGCUGCUACUUGCUGCAGCAGCUCCAUGAGCAGCGUAUCCAGGGCCUCCUCUGUGACUGCAUGCUGGUAGUUAAGGGGGUCUGUUUUAAGGCCCACAAGAAUGUCUUAGCUGCGUUUAGUCAGUAUUUUAGGACUUUAUUUCAGAAUUCCUCUGGCCAGAAAAAUGAUGUAUUCCAUCUUGACAUUAAAAAUGUUGGAGGAAUUGGUCAGAUUUUGGAUUUCAUGUAUACAUCGCAGCUAGACUUGAACCAGGACAAUGUGCAGGCAAUGUUAGACAUUGCCCAGUGUCUCCAAAUACCAAAUGUGCUGAACAUAUGCAAUAGUUUCCUGAAACCUUUUACAUCCACUGUAGAACCCUCAGGUGGCACUUGUGGAAGCACUUCAUUCCCUCUUCAUGGUGUCUUGGCUACAGAUGUUGUUGGGUCCACGUUGACACCAGAUAUUGGGAUGCAUUGCUCAUCUGAAGCCCAGAAACAGGUUUGUGCCACGAUAGAUAUAAACCUUUCCAGAAGGUCACAGACUAAAUGUUUGCAUCAAGAUCAACCAGCUGUUUUGCAAAACCAAUCCUUUGAAACCCUUAGCAGUACAUCAGUUAUACCAGAUAAGCAGUUGGUGCAUGGUUAUAAGCUGCGUAACUUUUACAGUAAGCAAUAUUUUAAGCAAAGUGCCGCUUUGAAUGGAAACUUAAACCAAAACCAAAAUAGUGUAGUAGAAGAACACUUUGCAUCUAGUGUAACAGAAUCUACCAUCCCUAUGGACAUACCUGUGUGCCCUGUGAACAACACAGAAUGUAUCUCGGAGAGCCAAGAAUGUUUGUCGUCUGGUUUUAUGACGGAACCUGCCACAAAUCAAACCUCUGGAGGCGAGACUUCCCCAGCCAGUAAGCAGGUUUGUUCAAAAAAGACAGUCUACCUUAAAAAAUACAAUUACUUAAGAUCGCAAAAAUCUCUGGAGGAGGCUUCUUUGCAGCCUGAAGCAACAGAGGAGAAACGUACAAAGGAGGCAAAUGAGUCGAAUCCCAACAAAGAGGCAUCGGAACCUGUUACAGAUAGCCUGCCUGUUGAAAAAGAGAUUGACCCUGCCACUACAUCAAGUUUGCAAUAUAGCGAUACUUCACACAGUGAUUUGGAGGCAUCUGAAGGCAAUGCAGUAACUCAUUCUGAAGACUCGACACAUCUUCAGACUUACCAAAAGCAGUACUGUUGUGAAAUGUGCGGAAAGACAUUCAAGCACCCUAGCAACCUGGAGCUCCAUAAACGAUCGCACACAGGGGAGAAACCUUUUCAGUGUAACAUCUGUGGAAAAAACUUUUCACAGGCAGGUAACCUGCAGACCCAUUUGCGUCGGCACUCUGGUGAAAAGCCCUACAUUUGUGAAAUCUGUGGGAAAAGCUUUGCUGCAUCAGGGGAUGUACAGCGUCACAUUGUGAUCCACACUGGAGAGAAACCCCAUCUCUGUGACAUCUGUGGGCGAGGAUUUAGCAACUUCAGCAACCUAAAAGAACACAGGAAGACGCACACGACUGAAGAUGUGUUCACCUGUGACCAAUGUGGCAAAUCCUUCAACAUGCAGAGAAAGCUGCUGAAACACAGGAUCAGGCACACAGGGGAGAGACCAUAUAGUUGCCCAACAUGUGGGAAAAGUUUUGCGGGUUCUGGAGACUUACGGAGACACGUCAGGACUCAUACUGGAGAGCGGCCCUACUCCUGUGAAACCUGUGGCAAGUGUUUUACUCGUUCUGCUGUCCUGAGGAGACACAAGACCAUGCACUGUAAGCCAAGUGAAGAUCGGCCGAUGAUGGAAGAGCUGGGCAGUGCCGUCGAAAGCCCUUACCUUCAUUCUGUGUGUCAGAAAUCUCCAAAUCCUGAGACCUUUUCUACCUUAUUGCACACAUCAGAUAAGCUUCCUCCACAACCAAAUGAGACUGUUCCCAGUGAUGAAUUCACUUCUGGCUCCACAAGUUCAUUUUCUGAGCUGAGAUCCAUAGUUCAGCACCAGCUAAUUUCACCGCAGGAAAAGCUAUGCUCAGAUUCCAAUAAAGUCCCAAAGCCUUUAAUGCAACACGAGCACUUUACAUACUCUGAGGAACAAUGUGCAAAUAGCGAGGAGCCGCUACAGCCUCCUAAUGCAUCCUUGAGCCGCCCAUCCAUGACAAGUCUGGACAAUCUGUGUAAUCUUCCCUUAGGAAAUCGCCCAAAUUCUUCCUUAUAUCGAAACAACGAGGGACCCUUUUUCUCCAGCAUGACUCUGUGGGGAUUAGCUAUGAAGACUUUGCAGAAUGACAGUGAGCUGGAGCAGUAAAUGUUAUUCUGUUUGCAAACACCAAAAUGGAAUGCACUUCUGGUAAAACAGGAAUAAAUGCUUAUUGAAACUAAAAUACAUGUAUUUUCUGAACUAUUUUUGGUAAGAAUUAGCUGCAAAUACAAAAAAACAACUGCUUAAUUUCAUGAUUGUGAAUGUUUAAUUUAUGGUCAAGUAUUUGACUAAGUUUAUUAGAAAAUGUGUGUUAAAAUUAUAAUUGUUACUAAA